ACAGUCUUAGCCUCAGGCUAGAACAGUCUGGACAACAGUCGACCAAAAAAGUGGACCGUUCCUGUAUGUAUGGGAAUCCUGUGUUGAACUUUCCCCAAUCCCUUGGACCUCAGUGGUACGGUGUGGUUCGAGCGCGGAGUCUGUAGUAGGAUUAUUUGACUGUGGAGUAUGCUUUCAUUUUAAGCAUAUUAAAGAAUUUCAAGAAAWAAUAUCAAUUAUAAACGAGACUAUUUGUAGGGCCUCCAAAAUCAACUAUCAAAGAAAUGUCUGCUUCAGUUGAUGAGCAUUGUUCAUUGGGUAAUGGCAAAGUAUUUCAGGAUUACCAUUGUUUACUAAAKKUGGUCGAAGGAAAAUCUGACAAAUUUUAUGUGAUGCAGCUUUUAACAAACAGCAAAGACUAUUUUGUGUGGACAAGAUGGGGUAGAAAUGGUACAGUGGGCCAAAAUAAACUAGAAGGCCCCUCUAGCCAGGCAGAUGCAGAGAAAACCUUCAAGAAAAAGUUUCAGGAUAAGACUAAGAACAAAUGGUCAGAUAAAGACAGUUUUGUACCAGUGAAAGGAAAAUACUCAUUAGUAAAAGAAGAAAAGAGUAAUUCAUCAACAGCCAAGAAUACCCAGCAAAAGGAUCAUGCUAACAUUUUGUCAAGCUUUGAAGCUGAGAAACCUGUUUUUCCAGAUACAGUUGUGUCAGGUGUUUGUUURCAUGGAGAUUUGCUUUACCAGAUAAUGCUACAUCUUUCCACKAAAGAAGUGCUCAAAUGUAUGCUAGUAUGCAAAUUCUGGAAGGAGGUAUUAUCUGAAAAGUAUUUCUGGAAAAUAUUUAUAUGUCAUCGCUUUGAUUUGUCGCUGAAGACCGACAUCACUGGCGAGGCACCAUAUUGCCAGUGGUGCAAUCCUGARGACUGGUAUCCAUAUUUCGAUAAUGAAGAUGACCCAUUUGUCAUGCGACCCAUGCCUUUGAUGUGGAAGUGCCGUGUGAUCCAUCCGUCUGGUCUGGAUCCAUUAUCUGGAGAUGUAAAAAGCUUACAGGGUUUUAGUCGUUCYUUGGAGACACUUACARGCAUGAAGAAAGGCGUAGAUACUCUUUGGCUUGCAAGUGGAUCUCAGUGCAGUGGAAGUGAAGGAGAAGAUGGCAUCUGUGUAGUUUUAUUUCCUUGGKAAGAAGAACACCUUCCAAUGGCACAGCAACUCGUAGAUCAAGUCUUUCACUUCCACCCUGAGGUAGUUGAAGAUUGUUUUGUUGAACAAAGAAGUGAAAAGCUCAUUUAUCAUCUUCCAAAAGAAACUGAUGGUGAUGGAGAUGAAGAUGAUGAUGAUGAUGAUGAACAUGAUGGAGAUGAAAAUCCUUGCUUAAAUCGGAUCUUUGGUUUUGGUUAUUCUUAUGAUAAAAGUAAAGGAAUAACUCCCAAGAAAGCAAAAGAGUUUUAUAGCUGGUUGCAGAAUAUUAUGGUCCCCACCAUAACUGUUUAUGCWGGGUCUGACAAGUUCAACCCAGUAGCUGUAUUUUUUUUAACAAAACUUGCCCCUGGGUGGGUGGGUGGUGCAUUGACAGGAGUAAUAUAUACAUGAUUAAUCAUCAAUCAAUAUUAUUCAUUGAUUGAUUGUGAGUGAGUGAUCUAUAAAUAGAUUAUUAAUUAUAUUUCUAUAAUAAUGUUAUAGUAUUCAAAACGUAGAAGAAAAUCAUAAUUGUUGGUAACUUAGAAAAAAGAACGACAUAUAUAGAUAUGCUCAAUUCAUUUAAUAUUUAGACAAACAUCGAUCUAAUCGUACAGCAGUGUUUCAUGGACGUGAAUAAAACACUUUAAUCGUCACAAUUGUUUCUUAUUUUCCAAGUCUAAAUUACAAUAAAUGAAAUAAUUAAUA